AAAAUGGCGGCGGCCCGUGACCCGGAAGCGAAAGCCGCGGGCCUGACGGGAAACGUAGUCCAUCCCCUCACACCACCCACCACCACCGCCCACGAGCCCCAGGCGGAGGCCGAGGGGGAGCCGGAAGCGGAAGUUGGCGGGGGCCGGGUGAGCUUGGCGCUGAGGAGGAGGAGGAGGCGGACACCCGGCGGGAAGAUGCUCAUCAAAGUGAAGACGCUGACGGGCAAGGAGAUCGAGAUCGACAUCGAGCCCACGGAUAAGGUGGAGCGGAUCAAGGAGCGCGUGGAGGAGAAGGAGGGCAUCCCCCCGCAGCAGCAGAGACUCAUCUACAGCGGCAAACAGAUGAACGACGAGAAGACGGCGGCCGAUUACAAGAUCCAGGGGGGCUCCGUGCUGCACCUUGUACUGGCCCUGCGGGGCGGGGGCGGCCCGGCCCGGUGAUGAGCCCCCCGACCCUCGCCCCCGCGCCGGGCCCUGCGGCCCCCCACCCCGGACGGAUGCCCGUUGCGUCCGCCCGCCCCUGGGAGGGCUCGGGGGUCCGGCCCGCGCCGCCCGGUUAGCCGUCCGGCCCCCACCCACACCGUUCCUCCUCCCCGCACACCGCUGUGUCCCCCGUUGUUAAUAAAGACGUCUCCUCCCGC